CUAAUUAAUACAUACAUUUUUUUAAUGUAAUAUACAACUAAUUAUUCCCUGCGAAUAAAAAUCCAAAAUUUGAGUUUCUUAACAUUUUUUUUAAAAAAAAAUAUAAAAAUAAACCAUUUAAGUACAGUAAUUAAUUAAGUUAAGUGCCCUUAAACUCCUGCUCAUUCUCUCUCUCUUCCAAUCAAAUCAAACACUCAACUCAUCUCUCUUUUCAUGUCCCAUCCCAACCCAACCCUUUGUUCUCAACCCCCACACACACCUCUCCAAAUAACCCCUUCCUCUCCAAAGAUCAAAAACCCUUCUCUUUUUUCAUUCUUUCUAGCUUUACAUAGAUCACCUUCUUCAUCUCCAAACCCUAACCCUAACCCUAACCCUAAUAACUCUGUCUCUCUCUCUCUCUCUCUCUGUCUUUCCAUCUCUUUCACCACCUGUCUCUUCCUCUUCCUUUCUAGUGUAUGGACUCUUCCUCUACUGAUCCCCCUUCCACUUCCUCUCCCAACCCUGUCUCCGGCGACCAACCUCAACCUUCCGACCAACCUCCACCACCACCACCACCAUCACCAUCACCACCACCACCACCACCACCACCUACUUCAUCAGCUUCAUCCUCUUCCCAUCAACUCAGCCGCUACGAGUCACAGAAACGAAGAGACUGGAACACGUUCCUUCAAUACCUCAAGAACCACAAACCUCCGUUAACUCUCGCGCGAUGCAGCGGCGCCCACGUCAUCGAGUUCCUCAAAUACUUAGACCAGUUCGGCAAAACCAAGGUGCACGCUUCCGGCUGUACCUACUUCGGCCAACCAAGCCCACCGGCACCAUGCGCGUGCCCGCUUCGUCAAGCCUGGGGCUCCCUUGACGCACUCAUUGGCCGGCUCCGUGCUGCCUACGAGGAGAACGACGGCAAGCCUGAGACCAAUCCCUUCGGUGCUCGUGCUGUCAGGAUCUAUCUUAGAGAAGUUAGAGAAACGCAAGCUAAAGCUAGAGGAAUUCCUUAUGAGAAGAAGAAGCGCAAGCGUGGUAACCAACCUCCUCCUCCUCCUCCUCCUGCUGCUGCUGCUGCUGCUGCUACUGCUGCUGCUUCUUCUUCGGAUGUAGUGCCUGAGCGAGCUGAAGAUCAACCUCCUCCUCCUCCUUCGUCUUCUUCAUCAGCUCCGGCCAUUGUUACUGCUGGUUCUGCUGAUCAAGCUGUUGAAGAUACUCCUCCAGUUGGUUCUCCGGCUUCUUGAAUGUAGAUUCUCUAUUGCUCUAUUCUUUUUCAUCUUCUUUUUUCACAGAGUUUUACCAACUUUGUCAUUGUUUGGGAUGAAGAAGGCCUUCCUUAUUAGCAACUAGAGAUUUACAUACAUAUAUAUACAUCGAUCUAGAGAGAGAGAGAGAGAGAGAGAGAGAGUAUAUAUAUAUAUGUGGUUAGGAUUGAAGAUUGUUUCUUUACUUUACUUUUAAAAUUAUCUUUUAUGACGAGGCUUCAGAGGAGAAGGAAGGGCUUAUGAUCAUCAUCCCUCCUUCGUUGAAUUCUUGCUAGGCUCCAUUCAUGAUAAUUGAGAAUUUCCAUUUGUCUUCAGUGACUCUAUUUCUAGUCCUCUUCUCUGAAACAUCUGAAACAAACUUAGAUUGGAUUCCCCAUACGUACGUAAGCUCAUUUUAAUUAUUCUUUUUUUUUUUUUUACCUUCAUACACUGUAUUUGGACUAGAUUCAUUGUUAUCUUAAGUAAGAGUGACCUUUGCGUACUUUGACUUAGUUCAAUCAGUAGCAGCUUGUUCAAGUUUCUAUUUAAUAGUUGCACAGCAAGGAAUGGAAACCAGCAGGAAUGAGUUUUGAAUUUUUCUCCAACACUUCACCUGGCUCUUCUUAAUUGGUUUCUUUGUCUAUUUCCCAUGACCAAUCUCCAUUUCUCUCUUUCAGUGCUCCAUCAUAAUCAUAUCCAUCUAUCACAAGUCUACAGUGACUUCUUUCUUUGCUUCUCUCUCUCUCUCUCAAACAUCAACAUUAUGAUCAGUAUAUGAAACCCCUCUCUUACUCGCUCUUUCUUUUUCCUUUUGUGUGUGAAAGCACUUUCAUGCACUACUAGCUAGCUAUAAUUUAUCCCUGGUUUUUGCUUGCCCUGAUCUCUUCCACUGAAGCAUAUAUAUUAUAUAUGGUAAGUACGUACUUCAUUAAUUUUACAGUGAUUAAUCAGAGAGUGGAAACAUGACAGAGUUACAAAAUUUUAUAGUUUUCAAGAAGGAAUCAAUUAAUGAUAGACAGAAUUGGUUGUUUGAGAAGGAUAUAUCAUAUUGCAUAGAAAUAGAAACAUAUUGGGACUUCACUUGCCUCCAAUUAAUGAAUGAAGCCAUGCUGCACUUCAAAGGAAGCAUCCUUCCUUAGCCUCAUGAAGGACCCACUUGUGUUUAGAAUGAAAAGAUAUUUAGGAAGAGAUUAAGAAUUGUGGGGAAAGGAACAAGAAUAGCAUCCCAUUUCUGACCCUUUCUAUCUCUCUUUCCACACUGAUUGGUUGGUGUUCUGCAUGGAGUUUUGGUCCAUGAGUUUAUGAAGAAGAGCUAGAAUAGAAUGGAAUGGAAUGGAAUUGUUUAUUUAUCAGCGUUA